GAGUGUCUAACAUGUCGGCGCCCAGGAGUAGAGGAGAGCGGCUUCUCCUGGCACUGCACGGGCUCAGCCCCCGGUACCGGCCAUGGGGCGGGCGGACGCUGCGGAUCGCGCUCUUUGUGCAUUGCUGGCUCCACGUUAGCGCCAGGACCUCCAUGGUUGAUGAUUUGCUGCUGCCCUAUGACGUCUCUGCUAAGCAUGGUCCAAGCCGCAGCCAUCGUGAGACCAGAAGCUGCCUCCCUCUUUCUCAUGGAAAUACGACCCAUGAAAUGUGGCCCAGUAAUAAUGGCACCGUGCACCCUGCGGCCACGACUAGAACGUUUAUAUCGGUCCUUACCGAUGGCGUGACAAAGACUGUCUCCGGCCAUAUCACUUUUAUAAAUAACCCUUUGAGGACUAUGUCCGUGCUGGAGCCUGGGGAGCCUGGGAGUUGUAGUAGACGCCUUACAGCAACCGUGGAAGAAACUGUGAAAUAUGGGAAUUGCAUCGUAGCCCAAAAUGGAGGAUUUUUUGAUACUAACACUGGGCAAUGUCUGGGGAAUGUUGUGAGUAAUGGCAGAUUGGUGCAGAAUUCUGGAGGGGUCCAGAAUGCACAGUUUGGCAUCAAGGCGGAUGGUACCAUGGUUUUUGGAUAUCUAUCCGAGGAGGAGGUGCUGAGCCGGGAGAACCCCUUUGUGCAGCUGGUGAGCGGGGUCGUGUGGCUGCUGCGCAAUGGUGAAGUCUACAUUGAACAGAGCAAGACUGUAGAAUGUGACAAGACCCAGAAUACUGGUACUUUUGAUUAUUUUGAGAAUGUGACCUCCGCCAGGACAGCUAUUGGUCAUGACAAGGACGGCCGACUUAUUCUAUUCCAUGUGGAUGGGCAGACUGGAAACAGAGGCAUGAACCUGUGGGAGGUCGCUGAAUUUCUAAAGAAGCAAAGAGUUGUUAAUGCCAUAAAUCUGGACGGUGGAGGAUCUGCUACUCUGGUUAUUAAUGGGACACUUGCCAGCUAUCCAUCCGAUCAUUGUCAGUUUGAUGCAAUGUGGCGUUGCCCGCGGAGCGUGUCUACGAUUGUGUGUGUCCAUGAACCCUCAUGUGAUCCCUCAGACUGUGGAGGACACGGACAGUGUAUUGCAGGAGAGUGUCAUUGUAGAGACUAUUGGACAGGGAGUUCUUGUGAAGUUCUAAGCUGUGGAUCAUCAAACUGCAGUUCUCAAGGGACCUGCACCCCAGGUGGAUGUGUUUGUGACUCUGGCUGGAUGGGCAAUAACUGCAGCAGUGUGUGCCCAUUUGGUUUUUAUGGUUUGAGAUGCCAGGAGAUUUGCCAUUGUGGGAAACAGUGUUACUGCCAUCCAGUAACAGGAAGCUGCAACUUUACCCAAGAGCCCAGGACACUUGAGCUUUUAUCAAAAGUUGGCUCCUGCAUGGAAUCUCUGUUAAACUCAUCCUGGUGGGAAGCUGUGCCCUCUGAUGCCAAAGUAACUUAUCUAACAGAGCAUUCAUGGGCAGGCUUAAGCUGUACUCUCCUGGUGCUGCUUGUGGUUAGCAUUGGGUUCAUUGUGAGACAGCACUGGCCUCGUAGAAAAACCAGUAACGAAUGGAAAUAUUCUUACCAACGGCUUCGAGAAAUGAAUGGAAAAGUGGAUGUCCCAGAUAUGUAUGAGACCUGCGACUUGUAUCACUCAGAUAUUGAUGUGGACACGUCACAUAAUGAAACCAGGAAUUGAAUGCAUUGCAAAUCCGUCUGGGAUUAGUCCGCGCCACCUAUGCAUGCUGUGCUAUGCAGCAGUCUAGUGCCUUGUAUGCACCCAGCGAGAUGGGUGUAAAACUUGAAGGAAACGAAUGUGUACAUUAGCAGUACAGUCAUUGCAAUGUAUAGUAUUUAUAAAAAAGUAUUCUUGAAUAUAUAUAUAUAUAUAUAUUUUUUAAAGUGCAAUAAUAUUUGCAUAGCCUUAUUUUUUUGAGAGGCUGUGCUUUUUUCAACACUGGAUUAUUUGUCCUUUUUAAUAGUUUUCUUGUUCACACACUGUAUGAUUGCAGAAUUUUUAUCGGGACGGUGACACGUACUUAGUAACUUGUGGUUUACGGCUCAGGAUCCUCCAGGUACAUGUGUAAUGAGCUUUUGAUAACCAAUUUGUUGAUGGAGCAAAGCACGUAAGUACAGCCUGACUAAGGCUACUUUUUACAUUAGCGUUUUCAAUUCCGCUAUUGAGAUCCGUCAUAGGAUCUCCAUAGCGGAAGAAAACGAUUCGGUUUUGUCCCCAUUCAUUGUCA